GUCCUCAAAACUAUCUUUUACUGCAGGUCUUGACUCUGUGCUUACACUUUUGGUGGUUACCUUGAAUGUGUGUGGGUACCAUUUUUAAACAACUUCCCCCUCAAAAGAAAUCUUUUAGGUAUUUAUAGCACACAAGGGGAAAUAUCAGGUCUUCUGAAACAUUCAUUUAACCCCGUAUUUAUAGUAUAAUAGUGACCAAUUCAGGAAAUUCCCAUUACAAAGAAAAUCAAGUUUUACAAAACAAGGUAGCCCCACAUCAGCCCUAUAGCAACACAAGCAGUGAAAAAUUUGGAGUGUUUACAUUAUCCAAAUUGCAGAGGGCUGACUGUGUCCCUGCUGUUUGAGAUGUCCCCUCUAUAGAGCAACUGCAGUAAAUUCUCCAGGAGGCAUCUCUUCACCCCUUCAUUCAUCCCUCCCAGACAGCUGUCAACAGGGGAAAAAAACAACCAGAGCAGGAAAAUGGGACCAGGGCAAGCCAUGGAGAGCCUGCUAUCAAGCAUGCACUGCUCAAAUCACCACAAAACAGUGCUUAGAAGAUCUGUUCCAAAGCUGAACAAAUGCACUCAAGUUAAUAUGGACUUGGAAGAGGAGAACCCCAGGGAAGACCUGAGCCUUUCUCCAACCACUGGCCUCUCUAGGAAGUCAGAGCAUUGUCCAGGGAGCACAUCACCUUCCCAGAAAGAUGUUUCCUCUUCCUCCCAAGAACAGUCUGUCAUGCCAGCUCUGCUACCCCAGCUGCCCCCACCUCCUCCCCUACUUCCUGGGUGCAAGGUGCCUCUUCCCCCUCUUUCCCUGCCUGGCAUAAAUUCCCCAUCACUCCCAUCUCCUCAGCCAUGCAGCAAUCCUGGGUGCAGUCAUCCUUCCUGUGGAUGUGGGGAGCAGCCCCACGACAGGAAGACACCAACACUGAGGAUGAAGCUGCUCCACUGGCAGAAGCUCCCCUCUGAUGUGGUGAGACAAAGCCACUCCAUAUGGGCUGUGAUGCCAAGCAGCAGCAAGGAGCUUGUGGAACCUGACUAUGCAAGCUUGGAGCUUCUUUUCUCUGUCCCAUCAAGAAUCCCUACAGAGAAACCGGGACCAAAAAUAAAGAAAACAAAUGAGAUCACGUUCAUAGGUCCAAAGAAAAGCCUCCUUCUGAGUAUAUUUCUGAAGCAAUUUAAGUGCUCCAAUGAAGAGAUUGCUGCCAUGAUUCAGAAAGGGGAUAGAACCAAGCUGGAUGCUGAGGUGCUGAGACAGCUACUUAAACUGCUGCCUGAAGACCAGGAGAUAAAUAGCCUAAAAUCUUGCAAAAAAGAAAAAUCACAGUUGGCAAAUGCAGAUCAGUUUUAUCUCCAUCUUUUGGAAGUUCCCAGCUACCAGUUGAGGAUUGAAUGUAUGCUGAUUUGUGAGGAAACAAAAAUUCUGGUGGAGUGUCUGUGGCCAAAAGCACAAGCCGUCAGGACAGCCUGUGAAACAAUUCUUACCAGUCACCGACUGCCAGUGUUUUGCCAAUUGAUUCUUAAAGUUGGAAACUUUCUGAAUUAUGGGCGUCAUACUGGAGAUGCUGGAGGUUUUAAAAUUAGUGCUUUGCUCAAACUGACAGAAACAAAAGCAAACCAAAACAACAUUACUUUGCUUCACCAUAUUUUGGAGGAAGUUGAAAAAAAACAUAGAGAUCUCCUGCAGCUUCCCAGAGACCUUGACUUUGUUUCCCAGGCAGUGGGUCCCUUUUGUGGACCUUGCAGAAUCCACAUUGACGCCAUGCAGGCCGAGGCAGGUGCCAAUUUGAAGAAACUGUUGGAAAUAGAGAAGCGUUUAUUUUUGUCGACAGAUGAUUUAAAAAUACAGCAUGGAAAAUCUGUGCAAGUAGGUAAUGGCAGCCUCAAUGCUUCAAAGGACCUGCAGAAGGAAUUUGCCACCAUUGAAAAGAAGAAGGAAGAACUUGCAGAUUAUCUUUGUGAAGACCGAACAAAACUGUCUUUGGAAGAUGUAUUCAGCACAAUGAAAACCUUCAGAGAGAUCUUCCUCAAGACCUUACAGGAAAAUCAAGAAAGGAAGGAGCAAGCUGCAAAAUCUGAGAAAAGGAAGAAACCGUUUAAAGGAGAAGAUGCAAAGAGGCUAAAAGGAGAGUAUGGAAAAUGUCAUACAUUUAGCAAUUAAUUGUUUUUAUUAGCUAAUCUUUUGUUAAUUAUAAGGAAUUUAUCUGUUAGCUCUGGCAGAUUUGAUGCAAUGAGAGUGACUUAGAUGAUGUAGUUAUCAAGCAGAUACAUAGUGAGACAUCAAUUACCAAUUUUUAAGUGCAAGAGAAUGCUUGGAAGAAAUCAUAAUAGGGAUGUUAGAAAAAAAAAUCACCAGUCCCAAUGAGCAAGUUUCUCCUACUUUGCUCAGAAGCGGAGGAUGUCCUGCUAUUGUUCAGAGUAGUUCUUGGGAGACUUUUAGGAUUAUAGAAAGCUGCACACACUUGAACUUCAUGCAGCACAGUAGGCAAGUUGUGUCUGGUGUUAUUGUUACCACAACAUCUGCCACCUUCUGAUCAGAGAUUUGAUUCCUUUAAAGGAGUUAUGUCAGAUCUUAAAGAAGUGUCUGUGCUGAUUGAUGCAGAAUUCUAAGCACUUGCUAUGCUGAGCCUCCUUGGGUGUGAAGCAUGUCCAGUGCUAAUAUUGGCAUGUGUAUAUUUUAAAUUUUUAUUUUGGCAAAAACUUGGCAUCCACUUUUAUUGAAGGUUUUUGCCAAUAACAUUUCGUUACAAUUCUUGGUUCUUCAGAGCACCGCUGCAAAGAAGCCAUCAGAAACCACUCCAUCUGAGUGGAGUUCAUGUAAAUUUUAUGCUAGAUGCUCAACUCUUGCAAAACUGUUGUUUUUCUUGUAUCUGGUGUCUAAAUAGAUGGCCUCCUUUGAGAUCCUUUUUCACAGAUAUUCACUUUUAGAAAUACAUUUUUAAGAUACAUAAAAUCCAUUUAAAACUGACCUAAGCAAAGUUUUCAAUAUUGUCUUGUCAAGUUCUAGCACAAAUAUGUUUUACAUACUUUGCAAUUAUAACAUACUUAAUGUAAAGCUGCAGGUUAAAAUAAAAAAAAAAAAAAAACUUUUUGCUACAAAUACAAAAGAGUAACCUAGUAUAUGAUAAAGUGUAUGAUAAAAUAAAAUCAGGAAGCAACAUUUAUCAGCUGUAAGAAUUAAAGGUGUGCUUCAACCCAGUAAAGAAAAGGGGCACCAAACCAGAAGAACCUUCUGUAUUUCCAGGAGACAGUUUGGGUGGAACUGUCAUUAUUUUUGUUCCUUUGUGAGAAGGUGGAUUUAAUUCUUGGGGAGUAUAAACUUGAACAUAAAGAGCAUUUAGAGUCUGAAUUAUUUUUCAGCACUGAUUUUAGAAACUGUGCAUAGCAGUGGUGACAAAGACAAUCUGGAAGUUUUAAAACCUAUUUUAAUCUCAAUCAAAGUAUGGUGACAAAAUAACAGAGGGUAUCAGAUCUGGCACGGCAGGAUACUGAAGCUCAUCUUAAUAUUCUUCAUUCUAUGUAAAAUGGGGUUUUGGGGGUUUUUCUAGUCAUAUAAUCAGCAAG